CUGCUAUUCAGCAGUCAUGUCAUCUGUUACUGCCAACACGUUGUGAGCUACAGGGAACAGCAGAAAGGUCCAGAGGAACUCCAGUGGAGCAGAAGAACCAUGGAGGUAAAGAGAAUAACACUGAUCGUGAACCUGUGGCUCCUCAUUAACCUAAAUCAACAGCAUGGAUCUGCGUUCAAUCUGGACGAUACCGUCGUUCUGAGGAAAAAUGGAGAGGCUGGGAGUCUGUUUGGAUUUUCUCUUGCAAUGCACCGUGAACUCAAACCUACUAACCAGCAACUCUUGCUGAUCGGUGCUCCACGUGCGAAAGCCUUACCCAGUCAGAAAGCCAACAUAACUGGAGGUCUCUAUCGCUGUAAGUUCACAAAGCAGAGUGAUGACUGUGAACGGAUCCCUGUAGACACUGAAGAUUCGAGGCCAGGACAGGGAUUUGACCAGCGGGAAAACCAGUGGAUGGGUGUGCUUGUGAAAAGCCAGGGUCCAGGAGGAAAAGUGGUGGUUUGUUCUCACCGCUACCAGCAGUGGAUAAGGGACAAUCGGCUGGUGCUGGGCAGAUGCUUCAUCCUGGAACAGAACCUGAUUGUAGAAGACACAAGGACGUUUUGCCGCAAUCGGGACAGUUCAAAGGAGCAGUUUGGUUACUGCCAGCAGGGCGUCUCUGCAGCUUUCACCAGGGACAAAAACUAUAUUGUGUUCUCAGGGCCUGGUGCCUAUGAGUGGAAAGGUACUGUCCGUGUGGAGCCUGUCGACAACUUUAUGCUGGACUCCUACGAAACCGGAGACCAGAGCGAGUUUAGUGAAAGCCGCAUUCCUCUGACCCUCAGCAGCUAUUUAGGCUUUGCUCUGGACUCUGGAAUGAAUCUGUUAAAGAAAGAUGAGCAGGUCAUAGUGGCCGGAGCUCCACGCUCCAAUCUCAGUGGUGAGGUUCUGAUCUUAAAGCCCGAAGCUGUGGAGGCUCAGGUGAGUCUGAGAGUAGCUCACGUUCUCCAUGGCCCGGGUCUGGCGUCCUCUUUCGGCUACUCGCUGGCUGUGACGGACCUCGAUGCAGACGGAUGGGAUGAUCUUGUGGUUGGUGCUCCUCAGUACAGCAUGACGGACAUAGAGGCAGGAAUAGGUGGCGCUGUUUACGUCUACAUAAACCGCAGAGACGGUCGAGACUGGGACCGGUUACAGCCAGACAUUCUUACUGGAAAUAAAGACUCCAUGUUUGGACUAGCGGUAGCAAACACCGGGGAUGUCAAUCACGACGGAUACAACGAUUUUGCAGUUGGAGCACCUUAUGAUAAUGAUGCCGAUGGUGCAGUGUAUAUUUACUUUGGCAAAAAUGGACAUUUUACACAGAAAGACUACCAAGUUUUACAGGGUAAAGCCCAUCGAAUCAAACUGUUCGGCUAUUCCCUGGCUGGAAACAUGGAUAUAGAUGGGAACGGCUAUCCAGACUUAGCCGUGGGCUCACUUUCUGACAGCGUACUCGUCUACAGGGCUAAACCAGUGAUUAGCAUUGAGAAAUCCUUGACAUUAACACCGAGUGAGAUGGACUUCAAGAAAAGAGACUGCCAGAAAGGUCACUGCCUUAUUACAGCUGAAUCCUGCUUCUCCUACACGACAUAUCCAGCGACGUAUAACCCUAAACUGCAGAUUCUCUACAAGCUGAACGCUGAUGAACGCUGGGUUCAGGAACGUCAUCAGUCCCGUCUGGUUUUCCAGAACAAUCAUGAAGGAAACACCGUCCUCCAGACACAGGGUCAAAAACAAUGCGUCCAAAGCAGCCUCCGUCUCCGGGCUAACACAGAGAACAAGCUUACAGAAAUCCCCGUCAGUGUGUCGGUGUCUCUGCCGCAGUACAGUCCUCCUCAGACGCUGAGCCAAAGCUCUCUACCUGCUCUCCAGCCAGCGCUAAAUGAUCUCCAGCCUCGGGAAAGCACAGCGAAAUUUGUGUUUUUGAACCCUGGCUGUGGAAGUGAUAAUAUCUGUCAGAGUAACCUGCAGCUACAAUACAGCUUCUGCUCCAAAGACCAACAUCAGGACUCAUGUUCAGCACUAGCCAGGGAGGAUGGAGUGGCAGUAAUCUCCCCCGGUGCUGGGAACACGGCCCUGGAGGUCACUGUGACCAAUCCAGGAGGAGAUGAUGCUCAUCUCGCUCAACUGGUUGCAAACUUUCCAGAAUCUCUACCGUUAUCAUCAGUCAUCCUCAACCCAGAUAGUAAAGUGAACGUGCAGUGUGACGUGGAUGCGAGUAAAACCAGAGUGGAAUGUAACCUCGGAAAUCCUUUCAAAAGAAAUGCAGAGGUAACGUUUUAUCUCUUGCUAAACUCUGACCGUCUGACGCCGAGCGUAACGGACGUCAACGUGACGCUGAAUCUCCAGACGAUCAGCGUGCAAAAUAUUUCCGAAAUCGUCGCAGAAGCUCGGGUUUUCUUUGAGCUGUAUCUGCAAGUGUUUGGACUGGCCAAACCUUCUCAAGUAUACUAUCGAGAAAUGAAGAACAACAAAUCGGACGAGGUAAUCGGAGAACCUGUGCAGUAUGAGUUUACGAUCAGUAACAUGGGUCGACCUCUGAAGUCUUUUGCUUCCGCGACCCUCAACAUCCAGUGGCCGAAGGAGAACAAAGCAGGCAAGAGGCUCCUGUACCUGCUGCGGAUCACCGGACCGAACAACCAGAGCAUCCGGUGCAGCCCAGACUCAGAAAUCAGUCCUCUCAGACAAGCUCAGGAGGUGAUAUCGAGAGGAAAACGUCAAGCAGAAAACGAAGCCAAGGCCUCAGCUUUCAGCACUGAAGGACUUCUGUCCUUAUUCGGAAGCAAAAGACAUUACAAAUAUCUGACGUGUGAUGAUGAAUUAAAGUGUGUGGAUAUCAGAUGCCCCCUUAAGGCUUCGGACAGAACUGCAGUUACUCUUCACUCACGACUGUGGAGCAGAACUUUUGUUAAGGAAUACAGCUCCUUGAAUUAUCUGGACAUUGUCCUGAAUGUGUCUCUCAGUCUUGAUGGAUCUCAGAAGAACAUCAGGCUCCGGGAGUCUCAAACACAGGUGAGACUAACAGUGUUCCCAGAGAAGAAGCCGACUUUUCUCAGUCGAGUCCCCUGGUGGGUGGGUCUGCUCAGCGUGGUGCUCGCACUGCUGCUCCUCAGCCUCCUGAUCUACUUCCUGUCCAAGCUGGGAUGCUUUGACUGUGCGUUGUGUACAGAAGAUAAAGAAUAUCAACCCAUGAAUGUAAAUCACACCACAAAAUAGACGUCUAUGCAGGAAAACCGACAGAAAAGACUUUUGUGCUUCCGUGGAAUGUAAACACAUGUAAUGUCGAUACUAUUCAAAUGUUUUGUGCUCUGCUACUUGAUGCAGUACAGUCUGUGUGUGUGCAUGUUCUUGAUCUAGCAAUGCUGUAUUAUGUUACUAACAGUAUUGUGCUGCUGUAUAUGCUGUAUAAUGUUUUAACUGUUUAUCCAGUAGUAAGUGAAUGAGUGUAUUCAAGCCCUAAGGGGCUAAAGGAGAAGAUGAAGAGAGUAUAUACAUCUUUACAGCAGGAGUGAAGAUGAGGAUGGUGCCUAAUAUUGAAACAAUGAGGAACACCCAGAGGAAGAUUCUGUCCAAAACUUGAGCCACAAACUUCCAAUCCUGCACCACCUGGAGCAACAGAAAUGCAUCAUCAUCAUUAUCGUCAUGAAGAGCAUCAGAGUCAUCAUCACUGUCAUCGUAAAUAUCAUUAUUGUCAUAUAUGUACAUUAAUACAGGUUCUCAAUACAGUUGUCCUUAAAGCCCCCAGGUAGAAUUAAACAACACUGUUUUCCUGUACCUCUCUGAUGAAAUUUUCCUUGUGGAUGUGACGUGAAAUGUAACGGACGGAGAAAGUGGCCUUCUCCAGCAUGUUGACCAGAGCCUGACCUUCACCCUUGGGGCCUGGUGGGGCUUUUCUUAUGUGCGGUUUGAAGUCGGGGCUGUGCGGCUCCAGUUCGGGGUAAAGGUAUCGCUCUGUGUGCGUGCGCAUGCACAGCAGCUGGGGUAGGCGUUGUAAGAAGAGCGCACGUACCCACGGUGCCAUCGGGUGGUAGGUGGCUGAGGACCGGUGAUGCACGUUGAUGACAAACACGGUGACUAUGAUGGACAGGGUGACAAAGAUCAUGAUGAAAAGCAGGUACUCGCCGAUCAGUGGGAUGACCUUGGAUGAAGAUGGGAUGAUCUCCUCAAUGACAAGGAGGAACACGGUGAGCGAGACGAGCACAGAUGUGGACAGCGUCACCUUCUCGCCUUCGUCUGAUGGAAGAUAGAACACCAGAACUGUGAGGAAGGACAAACCCAAGCAGGGGAUAAUGAGGAAGAGGGUGUAGAAGAGAGGGAGACGCUUCAGAAUGAAGGAGUAAGUGAUGAAGGGGUAUGUCAGUGUGACGUCAUGCCGUCUGCCCUUGGUGCCUGUGGCGCUCAGAAUUUCCCACUCGCCAUUGUCGAAGAAGUCGCUGCGAUCCACCUGGUGGUUUACGAGAACUAGAUCCACCAUGGUGCCAUCGUAAGUCCAUGAGCCGAAUUUCAUCGAGCAGUUCUGCCGGUCAAAUGGAAAGAACGUCACAUCCAUAGUGCAGGCCGAUUUGUAGCUGGCUGGAGGGGUCCAAGUGACAGCGCCGUUAUAUUUUAUAAUGACUUUGGUCAUUAGUGAUCCCUCAAAUCUUCCAUCAGCACUGCAAGAAAAUGUGAAAAUUUAACUUAAUUUAAUUUAACUUAAGGUUAUGACUUCAGUGCUCAAGUGUAGAUGACAAAUAUGUCGAUGGUCAUAUUUGUUAUCAUUUACAUCAUUAUAAAUAAUUUACCCAAAGAAAAGGUGAAAAUGUACGAACUCAUAGUGAGAAAGUGUUUAUCUGGAUAAGUUUCAACUACGGUCAUGUGAGCCUCAGGGGGUGUGAUCAGGACAAACAUACUUCUCGUAUAGCACGAUGUCAGGCAGCCAAAUGCUCUCUGAAGGAACCCGGAUGAAAGUGAUACCACCAUAAUCCUGUGGGUUCCAGCGCAGUUUAUAAUCGACCCACUCCUACAUUUGCAGAUUUACAGAAAGUGACAAAAUACAGGAAUUUAUUUGUGUUAAUAGACUACAGAUUUGUACCUGAACAUUUUUUUU